UCCGACAGUGCAAUUAGAUCUGUGUUUUAUUUUCUUGCAUUGAUAUUAACCACAAUUAUCAUACACUUAUAUUCCUGCAUUUGAAAUUCAAAUGAAAUGAACAUACAAAGAUGAUGGUUUUCUUUAUAAUUUUUUCUUUAUCAUCUUAUGCAAUAAUUAUCAUAAAUCUCAUGAUUUAUGAACACUUUCCACUAUUCAGUUGUAUUGGGUGGCUUGAAUUAUAUUCUAUAAAAUUAAUUGGAUAACAAAAAGAAGUUCACACAUUUUUUGAUCAGGGGAGGUAACUCUGAUUUGAUGUCAUAACAGAAAAGUCAAGUGUCUUAAAACACUAUUUGCAAAAAAAGAAUAAAGGGAUUUCAUCAUGCAUUUUGCUAAAUGGAAGAAGAACAUCAAAGACUUGAGGAAGAGAGAAAAAAAUGCAGGAAGAUGAGGACGCAAAGAGGGAGGCUGAGGGACAGCGAUUAUUAGAGCUUCGUCGUCUUGAACAAGAAGCGAGGCUAAAGGAGCAGGAGGAAAUUGAGAAACAACGUGCCGCCGAAGACGCAAGACGCAACUUUUAUCUCGAGAACAGACAACACCUGGAACAACUUAGACACUACCAAGGUAUAAGUAGAGCACGGACGUUUUCAUACUUUAAAUUUGUUCGAAGGCCUAGGGAGACACAUGAAAGACCGAUGGGAGCGGGUGAUCAAGGCAAGAAUAAAAAUAAUAAAAUAAAUCAACCGAAAGACAAGCACUGA